AUGGCUUCCAACAAGCAAUUUUUCGUUACCCUCGCUAUCGUUGCGAUUAUCCUUCCUUCCACUGCGUCGGCUACUGAUUACACAGUCGGCGAUGACAGCGGCUGGAACAACAAAUUCGAUUAUGCAGCAUGGGCUAAAGAUAAACAAUUCUAUGUUGGAGAUACCUUAUCGUUUAUGUACACACCUGGAUCUCACAAUGUUUUCAAAGUGAAUGGAACUGAAUUCGACCAGUGUAUUAAACCAGAACCACAAUUAGCUCUUGCCACCGGAAAUGAUGUAAUUACCCUUGCCACCCCAGGAAAAAAAUGGUACAUGUGUGGUGUAGCACAACAUUGCGCCGGCGGACAAAAGCUAUUCAUCACUGUCCAAGAUGCGUCCAGUGCAGCCAAUGGGAUUUUUGCAUCCGGGUAUCAAAUUGUUAUGAUAGCUACGGUUGCUAUUGGCGCCAUGUUUGCUAUGGCUUGA